ACUCGUUCCUUGAGAGUGUGCCUUGCGGCGCGUCGUGCGAGGGGAUAAUCUAUUGGCAGAAUCAAUCAAUCUGCUGAUGCCUCUCGUUGCGAACAUGGAACUGGUAGUGCGGAGUCCUGCACCUGCACCUCCUGCGCAGGCGCAGGCGGCGCCGAAUUCUGCUGCCCCUGACUCUCAGCCAGGCCGAGAGACUGAAUCUGGGACGGAGAUGUUUAUUCGAAUGUUGGAAAUCCACCAAAGGGCUUGUGAAGCUGAAGGGAGAUAUAUUGAAGCUGAUUCAACAAGAAGGAGAAUUAUCGAAGCUCGUGUCACUAAUGAGAACAAGAAACGGGAGCAGAUAACUUCCAAGCACAUACAUGAGCGGCUGGCUUUGGAGAGUCAACAUCUCGCAGAUUUCCAGCAGUUCAAUGAGAAAUGGACUAUGAGGAUUGGUGAUAAUGAAGCUCAGGCUGAAGCCAUGAAAAACGAGCUCAAGGAAAAACACAUGAAAGAGAUGAUGGUACAAAAGGAGAAGCACCUCAGUGCUCUCCUGGAGGUGCGUCCAAAGUUAAGUCGAGAGCUUCUUGACCACAGGCGUAAGCUGGAGCUGUUGGCACAUCAGAAGCAAUACCUUGAAGCAGAGAAAGUAAAAGCAAAAAUUGACGCACUGGAAGCUGAGGAAUUGGAGAAGGCGAAGGCAGUGAAGAAAGAGCAAAAUGCAGCUCUGGAAGAAAAACUGCUGGUAUGUGCCACUUCCGUCCUGCCUGCAUGAUUGUCACUGACAGCUAAGCCCCAUCAGGCUACAUUUAUCCUUAAAAAAGGUAGAAAUCUAGUCUAAGCUGCGACCCGGU